AUGACCAGACAGCGCCAAUGGAGUGGACAAGACACCAGCAGUCCACCAAACGGUGGAUUGAGCAGAAGAGGUAGCAGUUAUGCCACUCGUCUCAACAAGACAUGGUUCAAGGGAAGAUAUGGGUUCAAGGACAACGUCUCGGCGAUCGAAGCGGAACGACGACGCAGCGAGCUGAAAGAUAAAAUCCUGGCUGGGGUCAGGGAUUUCAACGUCGAGAAAUAUCGCAAAACCGACGAGGAGCUCAAAUCGAUUCGCAAUACUCAAGUUCGGGCAUACUACGAAGCCCAAAAUCAAAAACUGAAUGACUGGGCAGAAGUUGAUAGCUUGGUAUGGUCAUUAGCCGACGACAUAAUCGACAGCACAAACCCGGACGCAGAUCAUGACGGAAUAAUCGAUAACAAUGCACCGCUGUAUUCCGCGGACCAUGAUUUGGAGGCAUUUCUCCCCGACAAAGAACGGGCCAAGCGACAUUACAACAGUCGUGUUGCGCAAAGGGCCCUCAAUGUUAAUGUAUCCGCCAACAUCUUGCUUUUGAUUGCAAAGAUCAUCGCAGUGACGUCCACGCGCUCGCUCUCAUUGAUCGCCUCUCUGACUGAUUCAGCCUUGGACUUCUUGUGCACCAUGAUCAUUUGGGUAACUAGCCGCCUCGCCAAUCAGAGAAUUAAUUCCAUGAAUCUGAAGUUUCCUGUCGGUCGACGUCGGCUGGAACCUCUUGGCAUCCUGGUAUUCUCCAUCCUCAUGAUCAUUUCAUUUCUGCAGAUCCUACAGGAGUCAGUCAAGAGACUUUUUCCGUCGGGAGACCACGAUACUCUCCCGUUGCCGAUGGUUGCAAUUUGGUCAAUGGCAGGAAAUGCCAUCAUCAAGGGCAUUGUUGGCAUCUUUUACUCUCGAGUGAAGUCCUCACAGGUGCAGACAUUAGUUCAGGAUUGCAAGACAGAUGUGUAUUUCAACACAGCGUCUCUCAUUUUUCCUCUAAUAGGAUCUAAAUGUGGCAUUUGGUAUUUGGAUCCUUUAGGAGCAGCAUUGCUGUCGCUUUACGUUGUAUACGACUGGGCAAACACAGCAUUUUCAACUAUCGUCAGGCUGACUGGCGCAGCGGUCUCACCCCAAAUGGACAAGAAGCUGAUGUAUCUGGCGUGGCGGUUUUCUCCGCUAGUUGAUGCAUAUAAGUCAAUGACGGCCUAUCAUGUUGGCGAUGGUAUUGUGGUCGAAGUUGAAAUUGCGCUAGAUGAGAGCACUUCACUUGUUAAAGCGCAUGAUAUUUCGCAGACCAUGCAGUAUUGUUUCGAAGGACUCGCGGAAGUAGAUCGAAGCUAUGUGACAGUGGACUACAGUUCUCUUGGUCUCCAAGGUCAUGCCGUACACUCGGGAUGA